GUGUAUGGAAAUCGAAUCUUAGCAACCAGCUGCCAGCCUCUGCUAGGCAUGGAUGAUGCCGUAUAAGGUGGACAAAAAUCAAACCACGAAGUACGUCGUUCGCUAGAAACGAUCGCUCUUCUCUCUGGGCCAGAAGUCAAAGGAAAUUGUUGAAAGCCGUUAUUGUGGCCCGAAAUCCGGAUCGUCAGUUUCUAGCGUCACUAAGGGGCCGACCACUCGGUAUAUCCGAGCGAAUGCGAAUUCCCCAGAUUUUCAUAAGUUCUCUUCAUCCAACUGACAAACCCGACACGCAGACAUCUCGUCGCAGAUAUACUCCCUUUGCUAUGAAGUUGCUAGUUAUUCUUGGGGCUGUGAUAGCCGCUACUACGGCCGCUCCUGGAUUCACCCAGUUGCAAGUUCAAACAUCCAAUGGCAUUGUUCAGGGAACCGUCAACAGCAGUUACCCAAAUGUUCGACAAUUUCUCGGAAUUCCGUAUGCAAAGCCACCAGUCGGCGACCGACGAUGGCUUCCUCCACAGGGCUUAGAAGACCAUUCCACAGGCUUGGUCAACGCGACUGCAAUGCCCCCCGCCUGUCCGCAGAGCCUGAUCGCCAUGGGAAAGGGGCCGUUUGGAAAGUUUGCCCCCCAAACUAUGGUCGCAGGAGCCAUAAACGAAGACUGCCUAUCGCUAAGUGUUUGGGCUCCGAAUAACGGAAAGAAGGAUUUGCCGGUCAUCAUCUGGCUCCACGGCGGCCAGUACCUUUACGGCGGCACCAAUGUUCGCCCCUGGAUUCCAUCACCAUGGAUUGAGCGUUCGCAGGAGCACAUCAUCGUGGCCGUUCAAUAUCGAUUGAAUAUCUUCGGCUUCCCCGCGGCUCGUGGGCUGAAGGAUCAAAACCUGGGGAUCCUCGACCAGCGUCUUGGCAUGGAAUGGGUGCGCCGGAACAUCGCGCAGUUUGGCGGAAACCCCGAGCAGAUGAUUCUUUGGGGAGAAAGCGCCGGGGCCAGCAGUACCGAUAUAUUGAACUUCGCGUAUCCAGACGAUCCGAUCGUGCAGGGGUUUGCCUGUAACUCGGGUUCGGCCUUUCUAACAGUUGACACGCGAUCGAAUGAUGUGCAGGGUUCGAACUUCAGCACAGUAGCAUCGCACUUUGGGUGUGCCGGAUCCGCUGAGAAGGAGCUUGCUUGUCUGCGCUCUGUUCCUGCGGCGAAAAUCACAUCCUACCUCGGUGCUGGAGGGGGCAGUAACCUGACCUUCCUCCCGUACAUCGAUGACAAAGUCGUCUUCAACAAUUACACGCAGCAGUAUCACCGUCGACACGUGAGCGGAAAGCCAGCCCUUUUCGGGUCAAACAAGGACGAAGGGACCUUGAUGGCUGGCGGAUAUGACUCCCCCGAAGCCAGAGAGAUCACGUAUUCAAAAUUUGAAUGUCCGGUGCCUUACUCGACGGCCCGCCGAGAGGAACUUGGCCUGACCACCUAUCGGUAUCAGUAUCGAGGAAACUUUUCUAACAUCGAUUCGCUUCCGAGUCUUGGGGCGUACCAUUCGUCGGAGUUGCCAUUGAUUUUCGGCACCGCGGACGACGUGUUUGGACCGAACACUCCGUUCGAGAAAGCCGUGAGCCAGGAGAUGCAAGAUCUGUGGGUGGCCUUUGCUAAAGACCCCGAGACUGGGUUGAAGCGCCAAGGAUGGCCCAUCUCAACGAGUGAUAAGUUUAUGGCGCUGGGGGAAAAGGAAGUCUCUUCUGUAUUGUUGGAUGUGACGAUUGAUGGCCCAUGCGAAGACUAUUAUUCGUUGUACUGA